CUCCCCCUCCUCGAGACUGCUCACACCCCCAGCAGACAAACUCUCCGUCCCCACUGCCCCCUGUCUCGCACUCCUCUCCGAACCUCAGGAAACAUGGCACAGGAUCGGGGACACUACCCUAGGGACCCAGCCGCCGGGGAUGGCGAGAUGGGCAAGUCCAGGAAGGUGGCUCUCAUCACCGGCAUCACCGGCCAGGAUGGCUCAUAUUUGGCCGAAUUCCUCCUGGAAAAGGGUUAUGAGGUCCAUGGAAUCGUACGUCGAUCAAGUUCCUUCAACACAGGGCGAAUUGAGCAUCUCUAUAAGAACCCUCAAGCUCAUAUUGAAGGAAAUAUGAAAUUACAUUAUGGAGACCUCACGGACAGUACCUGCCUAGUGAAGAUAAUUAAUGAAGUGAAACCUACAGAAAUCUACAACCUAGGAGCCCAGAGCCAUGUCAAAAUUUCUUUUGACCUUGCUGAAUAUACUGCUGAUGUUGAUGGUGUCGGCACCCUACGGCUUCUUGAUGCAAUAAAGACUUGUGGCCUUAUCAAUUCUGUAAAGUUCUACCAAGCCUCAACAAGUGAACUUUAUGGAAAAGUACAAGAAAUACCACAAAAGGAGACUACUCCUUUUUAUCCUAGGUCACCAUAUGGAGCAGCAAAACUUUAUGCUUACUGGAUUGUGGUAAACUUCCGUGAGGCCUACAACCUGUUUGCUGUGAAUGGCAUUCUUUUCAAUCAUGAGAGUCCCAGAAGAGGGGCUAAUUUUGUAACUCGAAAAAUUAGCCGAUCUGUAGCUAAGAUUCACCUGGGACAACUGGAGUGUUUCAGUUUGGGGAAUCUGGAUGCCAAGAGAGAUUGGGGCCAUGCCAAGGAUUAUGUUGAGGCUAUGUGGCUAAUGUUACAGACUGAUGAGCCAGAAGACUUUGUCAUUGCUACUGGUGAAGUCCACAGCGUCCGUGAAUUUGUGGAGAAAUCCUUUUUAUACAUUGGGAAAACUAUUGUGUGGGAAGGAAAGAACGAGAAUGAAGUGGGUCGCUGUAAGGAGACUGGCAAAAUCCACGUGACUGUAAAUCUCAAGUAUUACCGGCCAACCGAAGUGGAUUUUCUGCAAGGAGACUGUACCAAAGCAAAACAAAAACUAAACUGGAAGCCCCGGGUCGCUUUUGAUGAUCUGGUGAAGGAGAUGGUGGAGGCUGACGUGGCUCUCAUGAAGCACAACCCCAAUGCCUAAGCCGACCUCUCGUGUACCUGAUCUUCUGAGGAGAUACGAUCACCUUAGCCAGCCUGGGAGGGUUAGGGUGGAGGGUUCAAUUUUCCCUUGUAAUCAGUCGGUGGAGGGCACCUGACUACAGGUAGAGGGUCUGAGUUGAUAUGGUGGAGAGGAAGAUUUAGAAAUGUCCAACACUGAUUUUUUUUUUUCAGCUCUCAGAUGCCAUAGAUUGUCUCUCCUUGUCUGGGGGGGUGCGGGGGAAGAAUCUUUCGAUUCCAGAAAGAUUGUAAAAUUGAAACUGUGAUCACUCCAAUGCUUGGUUCCAUGUUAUCCCAUAAUAGAUGCUUCAGCUGAAAGAUUUUAUAUAAUUGACAGGAUGGUUUUAAUCACAAAUCAUUCAUUUGACUUAAAAUUGUGUUGUUAGACAACAGAAAUUGUGGGGCCUUUAAAUUGUUUUCUUUUUCUUAUUAAACUGGUCUUUCUACAAA